AUGUAUGUGACCACUGAUGGUGACAAAGAAAUAAAUUCUGAAAAUAUUGGAGAAAUCACGAGCUUAGAUAAUAUGCCAGAAACAAAUAAAGUUAAGAAAACAGUGGCUAUUAGAGACAAAAAACAGCUGUGGACUUCGGGUGUUAUUCCUUAUGAAUUCGAAAAUACUUUCACUGAAUCACAACGCAGGAUAAUAAAACUGGGGAUGCGAAUAUAUGGGAAGAUUGCUGCUACAUGGAAAACAUCCAAAGAAAUAAAGGACGCAGCGUACGUACUAAGUUUAGAUGGCUGCGACAAGGUACCGAUAGUUCUUCAUGAGCUAGGCCAUGUUGUGGGCUUCUAUCAUGAGCACGAGCAUCCAGAUCGUAAUCAAUACGUCCAAAUCAUGGAGCGUAACGUUGAGCGAGGUCAUCGUCAAGAAUUCGGAAAGUUUUUACCUGAUGAAGUUGAUACUCUGGGGCACCCCUACGACUAUCGAUCCAUCAUGCAUUACCCAAAAAAUGCAUUUGCACGAUCUGAUUACGUGGAAACUAUUAUUCCCUUGCAACCAGACAAUGGAACACUUCCAGUGCUUGGAAACAGAGCCAGACUCAGCGCUUAUGAUAUUGCAGCUACUAAUCAUCUGUAUAAAUGUCCAACAUGUGGAGGUUUUCUAACUAACAGCAGUGGAAGUAUUGAACUACCUGACAAUAACAGCGAAUAUUGUGAAUGGCGAAUCAGAGUUGGGCAUGGAGAACGAAUCUCCUUCAGAAUUGAAUCAAUGGAUAUCCAAAACACUGCUGACUGCAAAACUGGAUACGUGGAGAUUCAAGUUGGAUUUGACAGGAAGAAUAGUCAAAUUUUAGGCCCUUACUGCGGACAAACAUACGAUUAUGGAAUCAUUGCAAGUGAAAGUAUGAUCGUAUCUUACGUCAAUACAAAUAAAAAUCUCAGUUAUGAAUUCAAGGCAGUUUAUCUAAAAUUUUGUGAUGAAGAAAUUUUGUUACUCAGCAAUCAGAAGACUUACUUAGAGACGCCUAACUAUCUGAAAGAUUACAAAUCAAAUGAAGAUUGUUUGUGGCAUCUAAAAGCGGAAGAAGAUCAUGUUAUACAAAUUCAGUUGAUUUUUUUAGCCUUGGAACUUACUGCGGAACGAAAAAUCCAUGGACAAUUACUUCCCAAGAUAAUUCGGCUUACAUUCAAUUUGUCAGCAAUCCUUAUUAUGAAGAUGCUGGAUUUUCUGCGUCAAUUACCGCGAUUCCACAUAAGUAAUUGA